UGAAGUUCUACGGAUAUCAUAUGAAUUGGACUUCGGUCAAAUUAAAUGAUAUAAUUUGAUAUACACAUGGCUGGGUCAACACUAUUAGAGGUUUUAGGACAAAAUUUUUUUUUUUACCUUCUAGAAUUUAUUUACAGAUAAUGUUUAAAAUAUUUUUAAUAUUUAAUCAGUAAUACUUUGUACAUUUUAUAAUGAAAAUAAAACUAUAUACAUAUCAAAUUAUUUUGGACUCUUUUAAAUUUUAUUUAUUAUAUUUAUAAUUUAUAUAUAUAUAUAAAAUAUAGAUUUAUAAAAAUUUGGAUCUCUUAGUUAUUAUUAUAUGGAGGACACGGGCUUAGACCCGAAGCGGUUACACCGCUCGUCCACCUUAAUAAGCCGGCCCUGGAUAUACACAUGUUUCUCAUAAACGCAAUAUAUGUAAAAAAACAUGAUCUGAUUUGUGUCUAAACAUAGUGCAUGCAAAAUCUUCGUGAAAAUAUAUAUAUAUGUUUAUACAAAAAAUUAAGUUGUAAAAUUUUCUAUCCACUUGUUGCUUUCGUGUCUUCAUCGUAUUAUAUGAGAAAGAUAAAAAAACUCAAAUAGUUUAAUCAUAAUGUAACAAACACCAAAACCAAAACAAAAGACAGAUGAGUUUACAAUUUUUUUUAACGUCUUAUCAAUUAUGAUAUUACAACGAUGAGAACUAUUACAUAGACAAUUCUACAGCCGACAAUUCUACCAUCAUAUGAGAAUGCAAGUCUGACUGCUUCACUCCGAGCUACCCUAUGACAUCCAUGUUCGAUGAUACGCUGCACCAUGUUGAAGACCUCUUGUAAUAUUUUUUCUCUAUAAUUUGCAUAAUUUGCGUUUUUACUGGUGUAAAGGCAUUAAUGAAACCUUAGUCAAACUACUGGAAUAAAGGAUCUUCCACAGUUUACAAUUACACAUUAAUAUAUUAUUUCUCAUUUUUAAUUGAAAUAAAGAAUUAUGAUUUGCUUGUCACAUGAAAAUCAAAAAUUGAUGAUAUGUUUCGUGACUUGAGCACAAAGAUUUUCAUGAAACAUCUAGAUGAACUUGUACCAAGACUAACAUCCAAACUAUUCACAAUUUAUAAUGCUUCCAUCACUUUGAAUGCAAUGGUAUGUUCAAAUCAAAAGUGAAGUGGAUCACAAAAUGCAUGUUUAAUAGGAAGGUAAGAAGUAGGUAAAAUAAAACUUGCAUCACAAAGAGAUCAAUUGCAUGGAUCCAACGAUCACCGUUGCAUGGUGCAAACAUCAUGGAGUACGUAUUGAAAAGGUAAAAAUCUUGUUAUAAACACAACUUUUUCUUCUUGUAAACUAAUUUAAAAAUGUUUCUUGUUUUAGGUAUUCAACACAUCUCUUGUGGUUAAAUUUGGUUGGGCAAUGGAUGCAGAACAAGAUUAAAUGAUUAUUUUCAUAAAGGUUGGGAACCUCCAUGCUUUAGAGCAUAAGCCACUUACAUUUCAGCAUAAGCUUGUUCAGCUCAAGGAAAAACUUUGAAAAUAAUUUGCAAAGUUAAACACUUUGAAAUGAUAAUCUCUCAACGUUUUGAGAGAUAAAGUUGACCAUUACUUAACUUGUUUGAAUAAUAUAUUAACAGAUUAUUUAUACGAACGUUGGGAACACCCAAGGUUUUUUUUUUUUUUGAACAUUGAACACCCAUGUUGUGUACAUAAGUCAUUGACAUUUCAUUAUAAGUUGAUAUUGUUUUUUUCUUAAUAGGGAGCUUCAAGUGUUUCUGCCAUGGCUGUUGUUUUGUAUUGGGAGAAGAAUCAGGUAAGAUUAGUAGAGAGAAAGAGAAUGGUGUCUAUAAUGUUGAUUGUUUGAAUUUGUUGCUUUGGAGUGUAAUUUAUAAUGACCAGUAGUAUAUUGGUGUGUCUCUGUUGUAUUAUGUGAAAUCUGAUUCUUUGGGGGAAACCGUGCAAAAGUUUCUGGUAAAUAUUACUAGUAUUUGUGUUAUCUUGAAAAUUGUAAUCAAUUAUUUUUAUUAUUAUUUGGUUUUGUUCAACUUUUUUCCUAAUUAUUAUGUAAUACUGAUAUAUGUUUAAAGAAAAAUAAAAACUAUGGGCAAAUGUAAAAGUAUCCGUUAGAAAUAGAGGAUAGUUGCGAAAUAUAGAUUAAGAGGUGGUAAACAGGCUAGUAGUAACUAACUGAACUCUAUUAACAUCACUCGCUGCUCUUACGCUCUUCUUCUUCCUUUUCUUCGCUUCAUCCCCAAAGAAACAACCACUUCUUCUUCCUUCCUUUUCUUUGCUUCAUCCCCAAGAAACAACCGCUUCUUCCUCCUUCUUUCGAUUAAGUUUCAUUAUGGCUGCUGCUGGUGAUUAUUUAGGGAUCAGAGACGAUCUGAUGGGAGCAGGAGACGAGCUGAUACUCUUACGUUACCUGAAGCCGAUGAUCGAUGACGGAGCAUCCUGGCCUCAACACUUCGGCGAAGACGCAGACGUGUUCAACAAGAAUCCAAGCACAGUAUUCAAUCCUGAGAACACAGUCUUCCUGAUCGUUAAUCCUCGAACAGAGGCAUGUGGUAAAACCGAUGGUUGUGAGUAUGGUAGCUGGAGGAUCAUGGCACGUGAUAAACUGAUCAAGAACGAGGUGACCGGGAAGCUUCUAGGGUUCAAGAAGAUUCUCAAGUUCUGCGUAAAGAAGACGAAGAGAGGCAGAGAGUACAAGAGAAGCUGGGUCAUGGAAGAGUACAGGCUUCUCAACCCUAAGCAAGAUCACGUGAUUUGCAAGAUUCGUCUUUUGUUCCACGCCGAAAUAGGUUUCUUGCUAUCCAAGCAUUUCUCCUAUUCGUCUGGUCCGCUUCCUGCAACACAGUCAUUGCCAGCUUAUGGAUACGGUUUUCCUAAUCCAGAAUACGAGGGUGCAUAUUAUCUUCGGAGCUUGAUCGAUCAUGAAAACGAAUGGCCUAGCUACGUUGCCAACGACGUGUUCUGCAUGCAUCCAUCGGCGCUUGUGGAUCCUCAUCGAGAUCAGAUGUUUGCAGAAUCCGGAAUCUGCAUCUUCGCUAACCGGACAGAGGCUUGUGGUUAUACCGAUGGGUGUGAUGGAGGUUGCUGGAGGAUCAUGGAGGGUGAUAAACCCAUCGCUUCGAUCAUGGAGGGUGAGACUUUUGGUUACAGGAGGGUUUUCAAGUUCUGCGAAGCGGAUGGUACAGCCAAAUACUCCUAUUCUGAUCCCUACGGAGAAGUUGUGUUUCUGACUUGGAUUAUGGAGGAGUAUAGGCUUGCGGAUGAGGAGAUGAAGGAUAAAGUGUUGUGCGUUAUCAAGCUUCUUUAGGUAAAUAUUCAUUGAUCAUUGAUUCAGGAGUCUCUGUGUGUGUUUUUCUUCUCCCUCUGUAUUCUAACUAUGAUAUAGUUUCUUAAUUCUCUACCUAGUCAAUUUGGUUUAGACACUUGUGGUUGCAAUUUCUUUUAGACACAAGAACGCUAAUAGCAUAAAGGCAACAAUAUUAGCAGCAUCGUCACAUAGAUUUGUUCUUGUAAAGUUUUUUUCUCUGGCAACAGAAGUUUCACGAAACUAUAAGAAGUAAGACACACCAGUAACGUACCUUGUGAAGUUUCACUACUUAUGUAAUUGUUUUUGGAAGGUUGUUGCUUUGUCGUUGAUUGUUUGAGAUUUGUUGCUCUGGAAUGUAAUCUAUAGUGUGCAGGGAGAUGUGUACUAGUAUUGAAACCAUAUAAAAGUUUUUGGGUAUUAUUUGUGUUAUCUUGAAAUUGAAGUUCUACGAACAGCAUAUGAAUUGGUGGACUUUGGGUCGAAGUAAAUGAUAUAAUUUGAUAUACACACGUGUCUCAUAAACGCAAUAUAUGUAAAAAAAAAAACAUAUGAUCUGAUUUGUGUCAUAAACAUAGAGUAGGCAACUUUCGUGUGUUCAUCGUAUUAUAUGAGAAAGAUAAACAAACUCAAAAAGUUUUAUCAUAAUGUACCAAACACCAAAAACAAAAAAUGAGGUUUAAUAUUACACGUUAAAGAGGCCAGAAAGCCAAAUGAAACCUGGUUCAUACCAGCAUUAUAUUCUUAUUAACAAAAUGAAAUUUUGUUCUUUUAAAUGACUGAAAUUUAGAAUCAAAAAUCCGUCCAUCACCUCUACUGAAAAGCCCAAACACUGUCAAAUUAAAUCUUUGUAGAAAGAACAAUUUUUUAAAAUGACAAACAUAUAAACUCUUUAACUCUUAGUGAUCCAAAAGUUUAUUCACUAAACCACCUCUUUUUUUGGUCGGCCAUACUAAUCGAAAGACAAAAGACAACGGUUAAGUGUAAGCGAUGUCAGGGAGUACAUAUACCACCAAAAAGAAGGCGAGUCAGAGCCGUGUGGCCAACUGAUAAUGGGCUUUCAAUCUUAUUAUCAACCCACGUGUCUGCUCUCUUGUGAAGCCAUAUGUUAGGCUUUGAUGUUGCCCUGGUUUUCCUCUGCUCUUACAAAAAUAAAUAAUAAUUGGUCAAUGA